AUGAUAUCUGCAAUGGGCAAACCUUUUGCAGAGGCCACAAAAAUUGGAGAAAUGGUAGAAAAUGGCUUGAAAACUGGCCGAAUCAUAAGUCAAUCUGCUUUGAGAUCCACCUCCCAAGCCACCCAGAACGGCUCGGGAGGUUUAGCAAAUCGAAAGAAGAGGGAAGAAGGAGCCAUGAUGACUUCAGAAUCUCCAUCAUACCGGCCCGGUACUAGGUGUGCCUAUCAUUCGGGGGCAGAGGGUCAUGAUACGGAGGAUUGUUGGACUCUUAAGAGAGCCGUUGAGAAUUUGAUAGAACAAAAACGAGUGGUGCUGAGGGACAAGGAAGUCCCCAAUGUGAUUAACAAUCCAUUACCGGCUCACAACAACGGGACGGUCAUUGGAAUGAUUUGUGAUGGUAAAGAGUUUUAUCCAGCUUUGAAAGUUAUCAUCGCCAUUGCUGAUUCAGAGGCAAGACCUAAAGCGGCGGUGAAACAAGCCAGAAAUGAGAAGAAAAUCAAUCUAACUCCUCAAGUUGCAGAAACAAAUAAUGGGGAAGCACUUGCUAAGGACGCAAUUCUCUAUGUUCCUAGGGCCCCAAGGAAAGAAAAACUCAUGUUGAACACUCCCAAAAGAUUUGAGCAGAGGAAAGUCACGCUAAAUAUGCCAAAGUUGUAUGUGCCAAAAAAGACUUAUGUGGUGUGGGAGCCGGUAAUUUCACCAAGGCUGAAUGAGCCCGUGGUUAUUAGCCGCGCACCACAGAGCCCUAUGAGAGACCCCACUGCAGUCCCCUGGAAUUAUAGCAAAACAGUGGUUACUUACAAGGGGAAAGAGAUUAUGGGAGAGGUGAACGAAAUGAACCAACCUAGGAAGUACCAUAACCCAGAAGAGCAAACGAUGUUAAAACUGAGCAAGGAUAAACGGUUUCCACCUAAGAAGCCUGUGAGUGCUGAGAAAGUAGAAGAUUUUUUCCGAAAAAUGAAAACUUCGGAAUAUGCAAUAAUUGACCAACUCAGUAAGACUCCUUCCCAGGUUUCACUUUUAUCUCUUUUUAUUAGCUCAAAUGAACAUCAGAAGGUACUCCUGAAAACAUUGAACGAGGCAUAUGUCCCAGUUGAAACUUUAGUUGAACAACUGGCGAGAAUGGCUGAACAAUUCUUUGAAGUUAAUAGGAUUUCCUUCAGCCGUGAUGAUUUGCCCCAAGAGGGAGCCACCCACAACAAAGCCCUUCACUUGGCUGUCAAAUGCGAAGGUUAUUAUAUGAAGAGAGUCAUGCUAGAUGGCGGGUCUGGGGUUGACAUUUGCCCUCUCUCAAUGCUCCAGAGGAUGAAAAUUGGAACAGAAAGAAUUCGACCAAACAAUGUAUGUGUGCGCGCUUUUGAUGUAAUCAAACGAGACACAAUAGGGGAAAUUGAUUUGAUUUUGACCAUUGGCCCUGCAGAUUUCGAAGUAACUUUCCAGUCCUUUUACAGGGACCCUCCAGUCCCAUGUCUCGAAGCUAGAGAAGGAAGUGAGCACAUUGUCUACCAAGCCUUUGAAAUUGUGAUCGUUGAUCAAUGCAAAGAAGGGGCCCCAUUCCCUCAAUCUUGCUUAUCUAAUGCAUCGGUCAUGGUCGCCACUGAAAUGAUUAAACAUGGGUACAAGCCCGGAAAGGGGAUCAGGGUAUAUCUAGAAGGCAUCAUAGAGCCUGUUACAUCAACCGCCAAUGAGAAGUUCUUCGGAUUAGGUUUCUGA